UUCUUCUUUAUCAACUUUAUACCAAAAUAGGUUUCUCGCACCAGGAUUGACCAACGUAUCUUGCAACUUUAUACUUCACCAUACGACAAGAACCCUUGUAUUUCCGUGAAAUGUGUUACCAGGAAGAAUGAUAUUUCUGCCCUCGUCCUACGGGAAUUAUAAAGAUCAUGUCAAACGUUUUUUCUCCGCAACUCUCCUUCAUCCUGUUCAAAACUGACUUACGGAUAUGUACAGAGCUCGCGGCUUGAAGGACCCAUUUCCCGUCCCGUUCAGCACACCCACACCAAAGGAACGAGCGGCCGAAGCAGAGAAGAAGAGGGAUGCAAGUCCUUGGGAUACACCUAGAGUCCCUUUAUUUCCCUUACAGAUCAUCGCAAACGAUAGGUCUACAGUGCAAGUCGAGUUUUACACCCACAUCACAAAGAUCCAACGACGAACACUUCCAGAUAUGCAGGGUUCGGUCACACUUGAGCCCGAUGGAUCUUUGGAUACGGGGAAAUUGAUGUUACUUUGGGGGUUGGAACACUGUGUUCCGGUCAAUCCAGGGACGUUAAUCCCGAUGCACACAUACGAACUGAGGCGGACGGAUAUCAUUCCAAAGCAAGCAGUAAUGAAGUUGAUUGGGAAGAGAAGAAGCAUUGCGUUCCUCGAGUGGGAAGACGUAACCCAAUCCACUGCAAGUAAACGUGAAGUAAGGGAGAUGCAUUGGACCUUCACGACUUCUCUCUCCAUCUUGUACAACGUUUUCGCCGGCUUCUUACAUGACAUAUCCCCCCCUCUGUCUUCUAUGUUCCCUUCUUUCGCCUCGCUCACUCAGGUGUUAGGAGAGUUGUACGGACGCUUGGCAAACGUCGCUCAGCUAAUGUUAACGCGCGUGUAUACGACUUCCUUGCUACAUGUCGAACGAUAUCAUCGCUUGCUGCGUUGCCUGUAUCUCGAGACCGGAAUAGCGGAGGCGGUCAGAGAAAUCGCCCAGAUAACGAACUCCGAGGGAACUUUAACCGUGAUAGCGUUGGUCGGGGUGAUAUUAUUUGGAUUUUGGGCAUCAGGGUACGGCUUUUGAGGUAGUAAGGGCGGCACAAGAUAUGCGUAUGCGUUCUUUUUAUUUGGUAAUAAGCUCUAUGAAUUAUGUGUUCUUUUUCUAUGCUCUUACAUACUUGAUGUACUUAUUCGGUCGGUUUGCCGUCGAUAUAUCCACGAGAUAGUGUUUCCCC